AUAACCAUGCCCGAGGGAAAAAGUGUAAGCCAAGAACAGCAAGAGCGGCGGGCUGGUGCCAUCUCUGAGUCUGAAUCUAAGCUGUUUGUUAGUACGAGUGGAGAAUUUAGUUAAGUUUUAUGUAGCACCAACUGUUUGUGAAAAUGCCCGAGAGAACUGCUAUGGAGUGGGCAAGACCCAUUAUCAGUAUGAGGUGGAAGAGUUACUGGGCACUGAGCAGGAGUAUAAGAAUGCUGACACUGGUAGCUCUUUUUGUUUUUGCAUCCUCUGUUUUAUUGCUUACAAGAAAACAGAAGACUUUUGGUCAUUCAGACGGUUGUGAUUUUCCGGCCAUAUUCAACUUCGGUGACUCAAAUUCUGACACCGGUGGCAAGUCAGCUGCAUUUCACCGUAUUCCUUACCCCAAUGGAGAAGCUUUCUUCCACAGGCCAUCUGGGAGAUACUGUGAUGGGAAGAGGUCAUCAUUGAUUUCAUUGGUUACUGAGAAAUUGGAGCUGCCAUACCUGAGUGCGUAUCUGGAUUCCAUUGGUACAAAUUUUAGACAUGGAGCUAAUUUUGCUACAGGAGGAUCUACAAUUCAGCCAGUUGAUGCCAUAAUAUUCAACCAAGGGUUCAGCCCUAUCUCUCUUGAUAUACAGCUUCUGCAAUUUGAACAAUUCAGAGAACGUACCAAUGAGCUACAUAGAGAAGGUGUGAACUCAAAUAUCAAAAGUGGGAUUCCGAGGCCAGAGGACUUCUCAAAAGCAUUAUACACUUUGGAUAUUGGUCAGAAUGAUCUCACUGGUGCAAUUAAGUUAAUGGGAGAAAAACAAGUGCUAGCAUCUAUUCCAGGACUUAUUGAUCAGUUUACCCAAGUUGUUCCGCGGCUGUACCAACUAGGAGCAAGGACAUUUUGGAUACAUAAUACAGGUCCUUUUGGCUGUUUACCCCAACAGGUUCUAGAUUAUCCUACAAAACCUGAAAAUGUGGAUCAAAAUGGUUGCAUAAAGUCCCAGAAUGAGGUGGCUCAAGAAUUUAAUCGGCAGCUCAAGGAGAGGGUAUCCCUACUCAGGGGUGCGAUUCCAAGAUGCAGCCCUGACAUAUGUUGACAGUUACUCAGCUAAAUAUUCUCUAAUUUCCAAUGCAAUGAAGCAUGGAUUUACUAACCCACUCGGAUAUUGCUGUGGCCAUUAUCUCAAUGACAAGUGUUCGAGGAAGAAAAUAGUGAAUGGAACUGAAAUUCCACGGAGUUCAUGCAGCAACCCUUCAGCCUAUAUUAGUUGGGACGGCGUACAUUAUUCACACGCUGCUAAUCAGUGGGUGGCCAACAAGAUACUUGAUGGCACCCUUUCGGACCCUCUAAUUCCUAUUACUGAGGUGUGUCAAAAGCUACACCAUUUGUGAUCAAAAGCACAAAGCAUGUAACUCAUGUCAUAGUUUUCUGCAACAGAACAAUAACUGACUUCUGUCUGUUUUUGCAUUUUGAUUCAUGGUUUCAUGGUGUUUGGAACAAGAACGGAUUCAAGAGGGUCACUCCCACUGGAUCUU